ACGCUGUAGCUCGCGCGGUGGGAGCGGCUUUGGGGGGCAUGACUCCGGUAACGUUACUCAUCCAGUGAAAAGUGAAAUGACAGACCACAGCGUUCUCUGACUAACGAAUGACAGCAGGUGAGUUGCUGGGUGAAGGAUGACGAUGGCGCAUGUCGGGGCAGUGGUUGCUGCGAUCGCUGGUGUGAUGGCUAUUAUGCUUCACUCUUCUAUACACAAGAUAGAAGAAGGUCAUUUAGCUGUUUACUACAGAGGUGGGGCUUUGUUGACCGCUCCAAAUGGCCCGGGCUAUCACAUCAUGCUGCCUUUUAUCACUACCUACAGAUCAGUGCAGACAACAAUGCAAACGGAUGAAAUAAAAAAUGUGCCUUGUGGAACAAGUGGAGGUGUCAUGAUUUAUUUUGAUAGAAUUGAGGUGGUCAAUAUGCUGGUGCCAUCGGCAGUGGUGGACAUUGUGAGGAACUACACUGCAGAUUAUGACAAGACACUAAUAUUCAACAAAAUCCACCAUGAGCUGAACCAGUUCUGUAGUGUUCACACACUACAGGAGGUCUAUAUUGAGUUGUUUGACAUAAUUGAUGAGAACCUCAAGACUGCUUUGCAGAAGGAUCUGAAUUCCAUGGCCCCUGGUCUUACUAUUCAGGCUGUCCGUGUCACCAAGCCUAAAAUCCCUGAAGCAAUCAGGAGAAACUUUGAACUGAUGGAAGCUGAAAAGACCAGACUGCUCAUCACAGCUCAGACCCAGAAAGUUGUGGAGAAGGAGGCAGAGACUGAGAGAAAGAAGGCCAUCAUUGAGGCUGAAAAGAUUGCUCAAGUAGCUGAGAUCCAGUUUAAGCAGAGAGUAAUGGAAAAGGAGACGGAGAAGAAGAUAUCGGAAAUAGAAGACGCUGCUUUCAUGGCCAGAGAAAAAGCCAAAGCGGAUGCCGAGUUCUAUACAGCUGCAAAGUUUGCUGAAUCCAACAGGCUUAAGCUGACCCCGGAGUAUCUGGAGCUCAUGAAAUAUCAGGCCAUAGCAGCCAACAGCAAGAUCUACUUUGGACAGGACAUCCCCAACAUGUUUGUAGACAACAGUGCCUCUGCCCCAGUGAAGGGGGCUGACUCAUCUGAGCAGCUGGAAUUCUUAACCAGGCCAGACAAGGCCAAGAAAGUGGCUGCAUCCAGAACAGAAAAAGAGGGCCACUGAGGUGCCCAGGUCGUCUCCCCCGUCUCUGUCUGUCUAUCUCUUUGGGGCUGGGAGCGCUUGUGUGGCAUGCUGGCAUAGAUCCUUUUCUGUCUGGGCUGCAGAGGGUGCUGGGUGCUUAAUAACUGUGUAGUGAGUCAUCCAAUGGAGGACACUGAACAUGAGAGGCUGUGUUUUACUCCCAACUGCCAGUGGUCUGGGAAAAAAGGCACAGAAUCGUAGGAUGUGACUGAGAUUUACAAAACUUGCUAAUGGAUUAAUGAUGUUGCUGGGAUUUACAAGACAAGAUGAAAUUUACCAAGUCCACAGCUGUAUGCCCUAAAAUGUCCCAUGACUCACAUAGCAUGCGUUUCCAUUUCCCAUGUUUGCUUGCUUGUUCUUUUUCUGAUUUGUGUUACAUGCAUAUUGAUAUAUAUGUGAAAAUUCAGAGAUGAUCUUGAACUUUUGUGUUUUUCAUAACUGGAAUUAUAAGGCUUCACACUAAUUGAGACAUUGAAACAGGGCAGUGGAUUAUGCAGCCACGAGAGAGUGAUUUUGUUGCCAAAGUUAGCUAAUCUCCAUUUCAUAAUGUAAGUGUAGCACUGAGGUCUUAAUGCAAAGCCCCAUUUCAUCUACAAUACUAUUCUUACGUUAGGGGCCCUUUUUGAUGAAGGUUUUAUUGAAUACAGGCCAAACAAAACACAUUUUGAACCAGUUGGUGUUACUCUUUAAUGAUUUGUUUCAAAAGCACAUAAUCUGUCCAUGUUUAAUUUGUCCAGUCUUUAAAAAUGAAACCUGUUGAUUUCAUGCUUAUGUUUUAAGCUGUGUAAAACCGAUAAUCCACAAAUUAGUUAUAGUGGGUAUUAGUGCAGUAGUUCGUUUUGUCCAUGUAGAAACUGAAUUGUGGGUGAUAGUUGAGUUGUCUGUGAUGUUUAUGGUGGGUUUGGUUAUGAGGCUUGCGUUUUGUUUGAUUUAAUUUGGUGGUAACAGCAGGGCUUGAGUAUCUAAAAUGUCAUUUCCUGCUGUAACUUAGGCCAAAUAUGUACUGGCUAAUUUUGUUUUAGGACUGAAAUGGGCAGUCUGCCUUUACAGCAUGUCCAGAUCGACUCCAUUAGCGUGAAGGGAGCGUACAAAGGGAAUUUAAUCUAAAUAAGGGCUGAUGUACAUACAAAAAGGAAACUACCAAAUGAAGGGCUAUGGAAUUAACAAUAUAAGGCAAGAUUAAGCAGCACAACUACAAGAAUAGUACACUGGAAAGCUAUUUAUAUGUCCUUAUUUCAUUACAUUUACAUCACUUAAUGAAAUUAUUGGGGCUUUUAAUAAUGAAUGAGAGGGAAAAUUAUCACCUCUGUUGAUGGUAUUAUUCUAUUAAUUUCACUAGGCUGUCACCACUAGGGGGCGCUCUCGACUUAUGUUCUUUACUCACUUAGAGACUAUGGAGGAAGAAUGCUGAUUGAGCCUCAAGGACAAAGAACACUGGGUAAUGGAUAGGCUUGCCUUGACCGGAUUAGAUGUAGGUUUAGUUCCAGUGCAUUGAAUGAAACAAAAAGUGUGUAUGUAAUGUAUGACAAUAGGUGCUAACUCUUUUCCAAAGCACUGCAACCUCCUUAAUUUUAGCUGUUUGAGGGAGUUAACAUUUGUCUCCUUUUUUGAAUUACUGUAAUGCUGCAGUGCUUUUUAGGUAAUUCACCUCCCUGUGUUAAGUUGAAAAGGGUCUGCUAUUGUGAUCGAUUCAUCAAGCCUCUGACCACAUUCAGAUUGUAAUUUUUUUUUUUACACAUUUCUAUUGAAUUAAACAUUGUCUUCUCUGUCUUUUUGCGCUAAAUUGAAGACGUGAGCAUUGAUCCAACCACUCCGAGCACAUUUACAAAAGUGUGUAUGACUGAUUUGGUUUCCUCUCCUGCUCUCUAACAUUAACUAUUUUUUCCCCCUUCUGAUUUUUAAAGUUAAAUUCUCUUAAAUGAUUAGAGGAAAAAGACAGACAACCAUGCAUUAAGUGAUCACAUAGGUUGUUUAAUCAAUGAAAAAUUCCAAGCUUCUGAGAUUGAACAGUUUAAUAAUUGAUUAAAUGAGCUUUUGAAACUUUUCUAGAGGCAGAUAUGAUUUCAGGUGCAUAGAAUAGAGGGAAUGAAGCAACUCUGUGAAUGUUACUUUUAUACAUAUGCAUAAUUUGAACUCUUAAUUUCUCAACAUUUAUAUGCAAAAUUUGUAACAUUUUGACAAAGUUCAGUUCUGUAAAAUAAACUUAUUUUGAUACCACUAAUAA